UGAACUAUACACACAAAACUUUCAGUUGUAACGCGAUAUCGGAUGGUCGAUUACAAAAACAGAAAAUCUUUUCACCGGAGAAACAAAAACUCGAGUACUUUUAUAUUCGUAUCAUCGUCAUUAUUCUAAUUAAUUAUGGUAUCGACUUCGUCUGUUUGACUUUAAAAAUAAAAAUAAAAUACGGGGGAAUGAAAUAAAUCAAUAAGUCAACUGCCACCGAGGGAGAAAGUCUUUUCAGUCGUUUCAUUACACGUUAUACAGAGAAAUUAAUUUUCCGCAUGGAGGGGAGAGUUAUGUUCAUGUGUGGGCAUGGGGGUCACCAGUUUGGUGCCUCCACCAGGCGCCUCAGUCUGUGCGUCACUUUCUUUGCGCUGGGAACGUCAAACGUCAUUUGUUCGUUAGUAAAAAAGUUCCCAGGAAGUGAAAAAAAAAUUCUUCCAAUAAAAAACGAAUUAAAGACAAAAAAUUUUAAUAAAAAAAUGAAAAUAAAAGUUUAAAGCGUAAAAUCAUUUUUAUUGAAUUGUUUAUUAAUCAUUAACUCGCUUAGUUUGAGGAAGUCGAGGUACUCGAAGUCAAACGAUCGAUUAGUCCGGUGACAAUCCACCUUAGGUCAACAUUAACCCACGCUGUUCGAUGAAAGUCAGUGGCAAACACAUUAAAUAAUAAUUUUCGUAUGAUUACUAACCGCGCGUGUAUUGACCGACUUCCGCAAAUUUUCCACAACGCAAUCGAGUAUUUCUUCGGACGUGGUGAUAAGAGGAAAUUCUAGUGUCAGAAGUGACUGAACCCUCAACCGGAAAAACCAUUUCAGUGGUUAAAGGGUAUUUUCGCGGGAAUUAUGGAUAUGGAUUUUGUUCUGAGAAAUGAGAAGGAUCUUCUGAAUGAUUUACCGCGGGAAUGUUUGAAGAGGGUGAAGAAGAAUGGAGAUGCAAGGGCAGCAAAGGGAAGUGAAAGCCCAGUGUUCGACGGAGCAAAUGGAGCAGCCGGCAACUCCAUGCGGAUGGCACCCUCCGAGCUUCCGAAUGAGAUAUCAGCCCCCUACGAGGUCCCUCAGUUUCCCAUAGAACAAAUCGAGAAGAAGCUCCUCAUUCAGCGUCAACUCACCGUAAAAGCUGCAAAAGAUCUCGAGGAACGUAGGAGUCAUUAUGAACCAUCAAUCGGUCCAGAUGAGAUAGAACAUCCCUUUAAUCUCGAGGAGAGUGAUUUUGUCCCACAUUUCCAGAGGGUUUCAAUAUCGGGGGAGGACACGUCAGGGGUCCCUUUGGAGGAUCUCCAGCGGGCCUCGCAGAUGCUCGUCCAGGCUCUGGGCAUUCGUGAACAGUACAUGAACAAUUCUAGACAAACUUUUCCAUCGAUAGCUGCCAGAUUCUUGAGAAGUGUCGACAAACGUCCAAUGAAUAUCGAAGACGAAGUGCAGCACGACGAUCGUAUGGCAAUUGCAGAUCAUCCAGUGCAUGCACCAGCAUCGAGAGACCCUUGGGCCUCUGAAAUUCCCCCAGCCAAGAAUUACAAAAUAGCACCGGUUAAUGGUGUAUUCAAUCUGUUUGCCUCUGAGGAGGACUACCAGAAUGGCAAAGCCAUGCCAUAUGCAUACCCUGACCUUGCGACCUUCGUCAGAGACAUGAAUCUCCUUUGUUCCAUGAUAGCUGAUGGUCCUCUCAAGUCUUUUUGCUACAGGCGAUUGAGUUACCUGUCAUCCAAGUUUCAAUUGCACGUGUUGUUGAAUGAACUGAGGGAGCUCGCUAGUCAGAAAGCAGUGCCACACAGGGACUUCUACAAUAUCAGAAAGGUCGACACUCACAUUCACGCAGCCUCUUGUAUGAAUCAAAAACAUCUUCUGAGAUUCAUAAAGAAGACCCUGAAGAACCACGCAGAUGAAGUGGUUACUUGCUCCAAGAGUGGAGAAAUGAUGACCCUCAGACAAGUGUUCCAGUCCAUGAAUCUGACUACUUACGACCUCAGUGUCGACAUGCUCGACGUUCAUGCAGACAGGAAUACCUUCCACAGAUUCGACAAGUUCAACGCUAAAUACAAUCCCAUUGGCGAAUCCCGUCUUCGCGAGGUCUUUUUGAAGACCGACAAUUACUUGGAGGGAAAGUACUUCGCCAGGAUAAUAAACGAAGUGUCCUCAGAUCUUGAGGAGUCCAAGUAUCAGAACGCAGAGUUGCGACUAUCAAUCUAUGGAAAGAGUGCAGAUGAGUGGGACAAACUGGCGCGUUGGGCAAUAAAUGGAAACGUCUACUCGGACAACGUCCGCUGGUUGAUCCAGAUUCCUCGUCUUUAUGACAUUUUCAAGCUCAAUAAACUGAUGACUAAUUUCCAGGAAAUUAUCAACAACAUCUUCCUUCCCCUCUUCGAGGUAACGAACGAUCCCACCUCUCACCCAGAACUCCACAAGUUCCUCCCGUACGUCAUAGGCUUCGAUUCGGUGGAUGACGAGAGCAAACCGGAGAACCCCCUCUUCGACAAGGACGUGGCAGCCCCUCAGGACUGGAAUGACGUGGAGAACCCACCCUACGGCUACUACCAGUACUACACCUACGCCAACAUGACCGUUUUGAAUCACUUCAGGGCUGAACAGGGUCUCAACACGUUUGUCCUGCGACCCCAUUGUGGCGAAGCUGGACCCAUUCAGCAUUUGGUCUGCGGCUUCAUGAUGGCUGAGAAUAUCUCUCAUGGGCUUUUACUGAGGAAAGUUCCUGUGCUUCAGUAUCUCUAUUACCUGGCGCAAAUUGGAAUUGCUAUGUCACCUCUCAGCAACAACUCCUUGUUCCUUAAUUAUCAUAGGAACCCUCUGCCCGAGUAUCUGGCCAGGGGACUCUGCAUCAGCCUUUCUACCGAUGAUCCUUUGCAGUUUCACUUUACUAAGGAACCUUUGAUGGAGGAGUACAGCAUCGCUGCACAGGUGUGGAAGUUGAGCUCAUGUGAUAUGUGCGAGUUGGCGAGGAACUCUGUUCUGAUGAGUGGGUUCCCUCAUAAGAGCAAGCAGUACUGGUUAGGCCCUAACUACACAAAGGAGGGAGUAGCAGGCAACGACAUCACCCGAACAAAUGUCCCCGACAUUCGCGUGUCCUAUCGGUACGAGACCCUCCUAGACGAGCUCUCUAACAUCUUCAAAGUUGUCGAGAAACCAGAAAUGUACACGAAUAGUGCAUAAAACAUUUUUUACACCCUCCCAAGUCCUCGCGAAUUUUCUCUCAUUUUUUAAUUGAAGAAAAAACAACUUUGGAAACUUUAUACUCAAGAACUUUGCAACAACAACGAAGGAAACAGUGCUUGUUAGCGAGUUUUAAUACUUGUUUAUCUGUUGGUAAUUAUAAAGAGCUUCUCCAACUAAAUUUUCCAUUCAGUAAUGGGGGAAGAGCUUCUGACUUUCUCGUGAAUUCAGAAAUUAAAUCUGUGAGUCUUGAAUCGUGUCCCUUGUACUAUAGAAAAUUUUGUAUAUAAAUUUUGCUGGCUAUUAGGCAGCUCCUUGUUCAGUUCUCUCCUUCGGUGCCAGAUUUAACCUCUACCGUAAUUAUUUUUUAUUAUAUUUUUGUAUGUUUAUACUGCGAGUUGAGUUUAAAAGUCGUGUGAAAUGUUCCCUUUUUGAAUCUCGAUUAUUUUGAGAUGAUUUUUCCAGAUUUAAGUUAGGCAAUUACUAAUCAAGGGGAAUUGGUGAGUGCAUUUCGGAUUUUAUGUGAAAACUUAUAAAAAAAAUCUAUGUAGAUGAUUUCAAUCUAAUUUCACUCAAUUGUGAUUUUCAAACUUCCAAAAAAAGAAAUAGAGAUUAAGAACCCCAUUUUGUUUCAUUUGUGUACAUAUUACGUACGUGUGGACCAAAAUUAGAGUUACACCAUUGCAAAUCACAUCCUGAGAAUGCAAACAAAAUUUAUUACCUCCAAAACCUCUUGUUAAUCAUUGAAAAAAAAUAAUUCUUAAAAAAUCUUAAAAAUACAGAUAAAUGCAUAGAAUUCCCCUUUGACAAAAUCAACAGGCCAUUGACUUCAGCUGUCCACUUGCAAUACAAAACUAAUUUUUAUUGAAAUGGGAAAUGUGGAGGUAAUAAUCAAGAUUUUUUUUUUCAAUUUCAUGAUCUAUUUUGUUAAACUGCUGAUGUCAAUUAGCUGUCAUUAAUGUAGAUUAUUAUGUUCUAUGUCUGUUGAUAAUCAUGUGAUGGAGUCGUACAUUUAAGGAUGAUUAAAAUAAUUCUAUCUUUCCUUACCCUGCCCGCGGAUGCAUCAGCAAUUAGCAGGUGUUACAUUGGGCUAAUUAAAUGGGGUGAAAUUCUGCACUUCUUUUAAUUACGUAAUUAUCUCCGGGACGAGUAAUUCCAGAAAAAAACGUGACUAACAUUUUUUCGUAUGAAUCUCUCCAUUCCCAGGGUAAUUACAAAAUCCUAAAUAAUGUAAAAUAGCCUUGUUCAAUAAAUAAAUUCCCAAAUCAACGAAUAAAUCCUUUCCCAAACAAAUGUGAUUUUUUUCAUUGAAAUUAAUAUAGAAAUUAACGUCAGAAACCGUUAACAAAGGAAAUGUAUUUAUUGUAUAAACUAUAUUCUAGCAAGAAAAA